AUGAAAGCUGAAGUUGAUAUGGCGUGUAGAUUCGUCACUAAGAUGUUGAGAGGGAACGGCAAGAUAUCAGAGAAGCAACUGGAUGCUUUUCAUAAGAAAAUGAAGGAGAUUUUGUGUGCAAGAUACAAGCACCAUUGGCACCCUCAAAAUCCUUUGUUGGGAAGCGGUUUUCGUUGCAUCAGAAUCAACCAUUCUCUCGAUCCAGUUAUUGCUGAAGCGGCCAAAGCGUGUGGCUUACCUAACAGAGAUCUAACUCUUCCACAGGAGUUAACGCUUUGGAUCGAUCCUAAAUCCGUAGCUUUUAGAAUUGGGGAGAACGGAUCGAUCUGCGACUUAGAUGACUCGAUGAUUUCCCAAGAAAAUACAACGACCUUGCAGUCAAAAGAGGCGCUGAAUUCGAGGAAUCAAGAAUCAAGGAAAAGAAGUAGCUUUAAUAUCCUGAAUUGCACAAAAGAUGUGGUUAGUUUCCCAGUUUCAUCUUAUAUUCCAUGCUAGCAUUUUCAGAUAAAGAAGCUUUUAGAGCAAAACGAUUGUGUGCAUAGAUGAAUUUUCAGAUAUACAAAGAUAUGUAAAUUUCACGUUCUAUCGAUUAUUCACACCAUCUGAAGUUUUGUUGUUAGUGUAAAAAGAAAAGCUCGGCUUUAUUAAUUUUCUUUGGCUGGGAAACUUUUGUAACAUAAGAGCUAUGAACCUGUAUUUUUAUCUGUAUAGAAUUUUGUAAAGUCUGUACAGGUUUGCUGUUCACGGCGAUAAUAAAUUGGAGUCUAUUAACAUUGAAAACAUUCAAAUCGCCUCUAUCAUUGUUUUUUUUUAGCUUGUUAUAUUUGCGCUUUCCUCAUAAAAUGAUAGCAAUAUAGCAUAUUAUGGCCAAAUUAUUUAAAUUCCCUUUUGAUGCAGCAACGGAAAUCUCUGUUAUGUGUCGUAGCCUAUAUUUUCCUUGAAGCCAUAUUUGUUAUUAGAAAUGUCUUUGUUGAAUUAUUCAGCGUAAGGUUAUAU